AUGCUCCCUUUAGCUUUUACCGACAGAUAUCCAAUUGAUUAUCAAAAUAUUCAGCUGAACAGCUUAAGGCCAAGAAUACUUUCUGCCGAUAUAAGAGGAGCUAUAGACACCCUUUUCCAGCAAAAUAUUGCCUUUCCAGAGUCACUUCAAUAUAACGCUUCCGAUGUAAAUUCCCCAGAAUUGACCUCAUUGAGACAUUCACUUGCAGAUCACGAGUCCAUCAAAUACUUGUCUUCGCUUUUUGAGCGAGUUGAUACCACUUUGGCUAGACAGGGAAUCUUAAAUGAGGUUGUUGAUGUCAUCAGAGCACAAUGCUUUUCAGAUGUAAAGAAGGAAGCUAGUGCCAGCUGUAUUUUGCUAACAAUUCUGUUAAAGAAUGUAGACAUUUUUUAUCCGUCAAAUAGAGAGAUAUCACAUUCUAGGUCGGAUCUUUUAUCUUCCAUCGUCAAACUUAUCUUUUCACCGCAUUCAUCUGUAGACGAGCUCUGGGUGAAGGCAAAUAAUCUCAAAAUCAUUGCAAAGUCGAUCUCUAAAGCCGACGAAUACAUUUUGUCGUAG